CUUACUAUGGGUAUGAUUUACGUGAGCUGAGAUCAUCAUACAAUUUGAGGCUCAUUCUCUUGUUGAGCCGCAGCUCAACGGUUCUAAUGCUAUGUGAGCUGAUCUGUCAAAACUAUUUAGAGUUGAUUUACACGCGUCUAUUAAAAACAAAUAAGAUAACAUUAUCAAAAACAGAAACAGGAUUAAAAUAUUCUAUUCUAUCGUAACUUCUACUUUUCAGGUGGAUAACAUAUAAUAAACGAAAAUGCCUAAUUGGAAUCUAAUAGGAUCUUUAAUAUUUCCUAAUGCUGGAGGAUGGGCGGGUGCCGCUACUACUAUGGUAAAUCAGGUAACCAAUCAGAAAAAUGAUGCCUGGUACGAAACUAUUAAAAAACCUACUUGGACUCCACCGAAUUGGGUUUUUGGACCUGCUUGGACGGCGUUGUAUACAGGAAUGGGUUACGCAUCUUAUAUGGUUUAUGAAGAUUGUGGCGGAUUUACCGAAAAAGCUGUACUUCCACUAGCAUUGUAUGGAGGUCAAUUGGUCUUGAAUUGGACAUGGACACCUAUCUUUUUUGGAUUGCAUAAAGUUGGCUGGUCAUUAAUUCACAUAUUAACUCUGGAUAUAGCGGCAGCGGUUUGUGCUGUUAGUUUCUUCAAGGUCAAUCCUAACACUGCAUAUUUUAUGACCCCAUAUCUUUGUUGGUUGGCAUUUGCUACAUGUUUGAACCAUUCCAUUUGGGAACUUAAUAAGGAUGACCCUAAAGCAGAGUAAUUAUUUAGCUUUUUGGAAGCAUGUUGUAAUGUUCAUAUAAAAUUUUCAAUGUGUUUGAA